CGCUGCUGUAACCCGUUGGUCGUUUCUAGCCAUUACGUCGCUUCUCCCUCAAGAUUUUGUCUCUCCACCACGGUAUUGAUGAUUUCCAUUUAAGGAAAUCUUACCGCCUGUCGUAGUAUGGGCCGGAGCAAGUCUCUUUUCGGUUUUAUAAAAGUAUUUACAAUUACUGGUUUGGCAAUAGAGUUAGCAUUGUUUUGUGGCUCGUAUUAUGUCUGGAAUCGCAUGAAUACAUCACAAGAUUUCAGAUUUUACAUGUACAAAAAUUAUCCUGAAAUACUGAACGGAUAUUACACUGUUGGAGAAAAACUUUCUGGGCAUACGACAAUAAGAACAUUAGAUCUUGAAGAUUGGGAGAGAAACAAAUCACGUUAAUGAUUACAAGCACUUGAUGGCGUACUUAAAAAGUUUUCUCUAUUUGAUUAUUUCUGGUGGUGUAAGUUAUACUCUUCUUUGUGUUACCUCAGUGAAAGAAGAAGAUUUCAUUAAGAAUUUGCAAGAGGGACAGAAAUACCCAAAGGUUGAUAGGAAAAAGCAAGAACAACUGCUUAAAAUCCUGCAAACAGCUGCUAGAGUGCCGGAUCCUAUGACCCAACAAGUUCAGGGUGAUGCUAGUUACACCAAUUCAAAACUAAAGAGCAAUAUCUCUGGGGCAGAAAAAUAGUAUCUCCUCAAUAUGGAUUCCUCUAGUCUGAUAGAAGGCAGUUUGUCCGAUCGUAUUACAAAGAGAGAUCGUGAACGAAAAAAUGUUAUCGAGAGACGAAGAGAGGAACGGCAGCAACUCGCUGUUGAUUCCGAGCAAUCGAGUUACUUUAAAGACGCAUUCUAUGCAUCAUGCAAGCAGGUUAAAGAUAUGUUGAACGAUGCACUCACUGCACCUACGUCAGCUCUUCCUGGCAUUUUUGACAAAGCAAAUAAGGAAAUCCAAACGCUCAAGAACUAUUUAUCACAGUCAAAAAUGUUUUUAAAAAUGUACGACAUACGAAGAGCUCAAGAGAAUUUACAACUCUUAGAAAAUGAAGCAAGUGAGCUUGAAUUAAAACUCCUGCCCAAGAAAAAAUUUGGUUUUAAGGCCCGCAGAGCAGUUAAAAAGCCUAUAGAGAAAGUGCAUGAUGUCACAGAUGGUUUAAAAGAUCUGAAAAUAUCAGAGGGCAUUGUAAAUGGCACCACUAAGCAGAACAACAAACUCUCAAGCAAAUAUGGUGAUAGUGCCUAUACUGUAAUGGGAAAAGUUGAUGACCAAUUGGUACUUGAUGCUGAAAAUGUUAACAAGAAUGACGUACUACUCUCCGAUUUACUCCGAUGCACAGUACGAAUAUAUGGUACACCCAGUACACUACACAUGAUUAACCUAAAACAAUGCACUAUCCUUGUAGGGCCUGUUGCAUCAUCUGUAUUUAUCCACGAUUGCACAGAAUGUCAAUUCGCAUUUGCAUGUCAGCAAUUAAGAUUACAUUCUUCGACUGACUGUACAAUUUACCUUCAUGUAACGAGCAGAGCGAUUAUAGAAGACUGCACUAAAAUACGAGUAGCUCCAUAUAACUGGACUUAUGAAGAUCAAACGAGUCACUUCAAUUUAGCUGGACUUGAUCCGAAAGUAAACAAUUGGAAUUGUGUCGAUGACUUUAACUGGUUAUCCAGUGAAAAGCAUUCUCCAAACUGGUCAAUUUUGGAACCUGAAUUUAGAGUUAAGAGCUGGGAUUAAUAAAGACAUGAGAUAUAUAUUGAGAAUGCAUGGAUUGGAUGAUAUAUAGAUUUAAAUUCCUUAUAAACUAGCAAUUAACUUACAUUCGUAAAUUAUUUACAUGUGUACUUGGCUUUUACAGUAUGAUACAACACAUGUAUAUCGUUUAUUAUGUGGUGUUUAAUAAAAUUACUGCUUGAGCGUUAGAACCACUUCAA